CAAGAGGCCUUGAAAUCCAUCAUGAAGGACCUGGUAGCUCUCCAGAUGGGCCGACGGCACAGGCUGCCUGGAUAUGAUACCAUGAAGAAUAAAGACACGGCUCACUCCAACAAACAGAAAAAACACAAUGCCAGCAGUCCACCUGUCUUGGGCAGCCCUGCAAUAACAAACCAGUGUGCCUCUGCAGUGGAAGAAAAAAAAAUUCCGAAUGAUGUAAGGAUAAAGUUUGAAUAUAACGGGGAAAGACGAAUUAUCCCAUUUGUCCGUCCCGUGCGCUAUGAAGACGUGCAACAGAAAGUGAAAACAGCCUUUGGGCAGCCCCUGGACCUCCACUACAUGAACAACGAGCUCUCUAUUCCUUUGAAAAAUCAAGAUGACCUGGAUAAAGCAGUAGAUCUCUUAGACCGAAGCUCUAAUGUGAAAAGCCUUAGAAUAUUGUUGCUGUCUCAGGACAGAAACCAUACCAGUUCUUCACCCCAUUCUGGACUGCCCAAACAAGUCAGGAUUAAAACUUCCCAAUCUGUGGGGGAUGUGAACGUACCCUACCAGCAGCCAGAACCCAGAAGUAGGCAUCUGUCUGUCAGUUCCCAGAACACAGGCCGAAGUUCACCACCUCCUGGGUACGUUCCGGAGAGGCAGCAGCGCAUCGCUCGGCAGGGCUCCUACACCAGCAUAAAUAGCGAAGGAGAAUUCAUCCCAGAAACCAAUGAACAGUGUAUGCUGGACCCGUUAAGCAGUGCCGAGAACUCGGUGUCAGGAAGCUGCCAGUCCUUGGACAGGUCAGGAGACAGUCCUUCUUUUCGGAAGUCACGGAUGUCAAGGGCACAAAGCUUUCCUGAUAAUAGACAGGAGUUCUCAGAGCGUGAGAAUCAGAUCUAUGACAAAGCAGGGAAAGGUGGGACCUACCCUCGGCGCUACAACGUCUCCAUGCAGCACAAAGACUACAACGACGGCCGGAGAACAUUUCCUCGGAUACGGCGUCACCAAGGGAAUCUUUUCACCUUGGUCCCUUCCAGUCGUUCCUUAAGCACCAACGGAGAAAACCUGGGGCUGGCCUUGCAGUACCUGGACCCCCGGGGCCGCCUGCGAAGUGCCGACAGCGAAAACGCCCUGGGUGUGCAGGAGAGGAACAUCCCCACCAAAUCUCCGAGUGCUCCAAUAAACUGGCGCCGAGGAAAACUGCUGGGCCAGGGAGCCUUUGGCCGGGUGUAUCUGUGCUACGAUGUGGACACGGGCAGAGAGCUUGCAGCUAAGCAGGUCCAGUUUGACCCAGAGAGUCCUGAAACAAGCAAGGAAGUGAGUGCCCUGGAGUGUGAAAUUCAGCUGCUGAAGAAUCUCCAGCACGAACGGAUCGUUCAGUAUUACGGCUGCUUACGGGAUCGGGCAGAGAAGACCUUGACCAUCUUCAUGGAGUACAUGCCGGGGGGGUCAGUGAAAGACCAGCUGAAGGCGUACGGUGCUCUCACGGAAAACGUAACCCGCAAAUACACUCGCCAGAUCCUCGAGGGAGUCUCCUACCUUCACAGCAACAUGAUUGUGCACAGGGACAUAAAGGGAGCCAAUAUUCUCCGUGACUCUGCUGGGAAUGUGAAGCUUGGGGACUUUGGGGCCAGCAAACGGCUGCAGACGAUCUGUGUGUCUGGAACAGGCAUCCGCUCCGUCACCGGCACGCCGUACUGGAUGAGCCCGGAGGUGAUCAGCGGAGAAGGCUAUGGAAGGAAAGCAGACGUAUGGAGCCUGGGUUGUACUGUCGUGGAAAUGCUGACGGAGAAGCCCCCCUGGGCCGAGUACGAGGCCAUGGCUGCCAUCUUCAAAAUCGCCACCCAACCCACCAACCCCCAGCUCCCCUCCCACAUAUCAGAACAUUGCCGGGACUUUCUAAAGCAGAUCUUUGUGGAAGCCAGGCACAGACCCUCUGCUGAAGAGCUGCUCAGACAUCAGUUUGCUCAGCUCCAGUACUGAAUUACCUCCCUUUUUGCUCGCAGCUCCUGCUGGGCUUUCGGUGCCCCGUCUGGUCUAGUUGCAACUGCCCGUUGUGGUGCUGCAUCUUCAAAAUGCCAACUCAGCUGUCCUAGUCCUUUGGGGAAAUGAUGCCAAGGAACCUAGGGUCUGCUCUUGUGCCUGAUACCUUUUGUUUGCUGGACUAAUGUUUAUUCUACCGACAGCUGUCCAAACAGAGCUGCAUUUUUUGCCCUAGUUACCGUGAUGUGAAAUUGCAGCUGGCUGCAUGUUUUCUGCGGGCCCAAAGAAUGGGAAGCGAAGAAGCGUCUCGCUGGUUGAAGGUUAGAAGAAAUCUGAACCCAAGUGGGGACUGGCAGAGCGACACUCUUCAGAACAGAAACGUGCCACAGUGUGGGUCACUGUUUUCCAGACUGCUCGGGCUCUAGAGGCGUCUGUAGUCCACGAAUCCAGCAAGAAGCCAUGUGUCAUUGAGCAUGCGCUCGCUAUAUGAUGAUAUAUUUUUUUUUUUCUUCUUAAGUAUUCAGCAUCUGAAGGUGUUCAGAAAAUAUUGAUUCAAAAAAGUA